AUGUCCAAUCGAAACAUAUUCUUCGAUAUCAACGUCAACGGCAUGUUCCUCGAGUGCAUCGUCUUCAAGCUGUACGACAACGUCGUCUCCAAGAUGGUCAAAAACUUCUAUCAGCUUGCCAUUGGCCAGCGUGGGUCUGGCUAUAAGGGUUGUUCAUUCCACCGCAUCAUCCCCCACUUCUUGCUUCAGGAUGGUGACAUCACCUGUGAUGACAGCAGAAAGCCCAUAUAUGGCAAGAAGUUUGCUGACGAGAACCUUACGCUCAAGCACGAGAAGGCUGGUUUACUCUCGAUGGUGAAGGUCAGAGCGCAGUUCUUUAUCACCAUGGUCAAAACUGAGUGGCUCAAUGGUUCCUACGUCGUUUUUGGUGAAGUCCUUGACAGCUACGACAAUGUCGUGAAGAAGAUCGAGUUGCUCGGUUGUGCUGCUGGUACAUUCACGGUGGAGAUUAUCAUUGCUAACAGCAGUGUUGUCUGA